GGCCGGGGUCUGGGGGUCGGGCGGCCGCCACUAUGAAGCUGACGCGGAAGAUGGUCCUGUCCCGGGCCAAGGCCUCGGAGCUGCACAGCGUGCGGAAGCUCAACUGCUGGGGCAGCCGCCUCACCGAUAUCUCCAUCUGCCGGGAAAUGCCAAGCCUGGAAGUGAUUACCCUCAGCGUCAACAGCGUGUCCACCCUGGAGCCCGUGAGCCAGUGCCAGCAGCUGAGCGAGCUCUACCUGAGGAAGAACCGCAUCCCCAGCCUGGCCGAGCUCUUCUACCUGAAGGGCCUGCCGCGUCUCCGCGUGCUGUGGCUGGCCGAGAACCCGUGCUGCGGCGCCAACCCCCACCUCUACCGCAUGACCGUCCUGCGCAACCUGCCCCAGCUGCAGAAGCUGGACAACCAGGCUGUGACCGAGGAGGAGCUGGCCCGAGCGUUGAUGGAGGGAGAGGAGGUCACGGCCCCCAGCCUAGAGGGCACGGGGAACGGCCGGCCCGAGCUGCCCUACGCCCUGAGCACCAUGAGCGCCACUGCCGAGAUGCAACGGGACCCGCUGAGCUACGGCGAGGAGGAGGCCAGCAGCAUCCAGGGGCAGCUCGGCCUGAAGCCCGCUUCACGGGACCAGCUUCCUUCCUUCCCACAGAGGGACGCUGUGAGCAGUCGCAGGAACAGGAACAACGUGCUGACCGCCAUCCUGCUGCUGCUGCGAGAACUGGACACCGAGGGGCUGGAGGCCGUCCACCAGACCGUGGUCAGCCAGCUCCAGACCCUGCACAAGCCGGAGCUGCAGGAGGACAUGGAGUGACCGUCAGCAGGGCCCCAAGCUGGCAGGCCCUCCUCGCAGGACCCUGCCCCGAGGUCCCGAGCACCUGAGAGACAGGGUCACUGCCACAGCCGCGGCCUCCCCUGGACCUGCGAGCUGAGUCCCUGCACGCAGGACUGCCUCCCUAGGACGCCUCAGCCCGCCCAGGAAAGCUGAGCUCUGGGCGCACGCCGGCCACCCCGGCGAGGGCAGAAGGGGCGUUGGGCACUGUUGGGCAGACCCGUUCCUGUGCCCUCCACCGUGAGGGGUCCCAACCACAUGCCAGGCCCAGGCCUGGACGCCCAUCGGGAGGGCCCACCUUGACCUAGCUCUUCCUGAAGGUGGGCUUCGCAGGCCGUUCUCCCUAAUAAAUAUUUUUGCCAAGUCUGAUCUGGAAGCAGACAUUUCCUGAGUGACAGACACGCUCUGGACGUGCUUUUCAAAGGUCAGAGCCAUUGCUCACCCAUGCUUUCCCAUGUCAGUUCUCUGACUCGGUCGUGAGAUAGACCACAGAGACUUCCAGAAUGACAGCAUCCUUAGAGAGACAAGCUGCCCUGCAUUCGCAUCAGCACACACAGCCUCCUGCUGCCCGCUGGGGACGUUGUGUUUGAAUGGCAGGGGCUGGGAGGGACGUGCUUCCUCUUUUCUCUGUCCCUUCCUGAGAGCCCAGCAGCCAUGCAGAGGGUUUGUGCUGACCCGGCUGGAGAGGGCUUGGACAGACCGGCUUGCCACUGCCGUAUGGGGCCCCGGGGCAGCCACAGGUGAAGCAGCUAGGUGGGAAACGGCAGCCUUGUGGAAACUGCGUCUAAAACAUUUUCUUCCUCUGGGAGGAGUAUCAGGCCUUACAUGAUGCACAGGAUCUGGGCCAUGAUGCUGCAGCCCUGGGGGUCCCUCCUAGUGCCCCCAAAAGCCGAGGAUGCCUCCACGUGGAAGGGGAGGGGUGUGAGCCCUGAGCCCUUAGAGAAAAGCCCGUUCUUACUGCAGUUGAAAUGACUGGGACCGGAGAGGGAAAGAGUGAUGUUCUGUCCGCCCCUUUCUUCCUGUUGCGGGGAACAUCCACAUUCCUGUGCGAGCUGAGGACAUGCCAGCUGUGUCAGAGCCACACAAAGCGAAGGGGUGACUUCACCACCACAUGUGCGAGAAACCAGUGAUGGAGUGACAGCGCCUGGCAGACCACGCUCUCCUUGAAGAUGAUGCUGCGCUUGUGGUGCGGGCCGUUCCCAGCUGUUGAAGGAAGGCUGUUGCCCACCAGCUGUGGGAGCCCAGGCUAGGUGGGCGGUUUAUCUGCGGAGUUCUUCUGUAGUUCUUCAGGACCAGGGGUGAGCUCUGAGCAGUGGGAAGCAAGGAGUCGCUGCCUGGUGGCAGCUAGGAAGGGUCGGCGCAGAGCCCGUGUGUGUGCCUUCUCUUGUAAUUACAGGACGCUCUCAAUAAAGCGUUAUCUUGGUGAGAACAAGUUGGACGUGGUUAUGUUAAGAACACCGUCCCUUUCCCAUCCACUGGGCGGGGCUCACACGAACUCCCGCCUGCCCCGUGACCUGGUACACCUCAGUUGGGGACCCUUGAAUUGGACCCUGGUCAGGGUGAGCUGCCCUCCUCAGAGCCUCCCGUCAGCUCGCCAGGUCCUGCUCCUGGCUACCCGCUCACUCGGUGCCCUUUUGAAGCCUUCAGGCUGGACCGAGGACAGAGCAUGUCCACCCUUGGCCUGGAACCCGUGGCCUCUGGCCAUUAACAGGCCCUUUACAGUCCCUGUUCUGGACUUCUCCCCAAGUAACCCUGAGAGCCGGGCUUUAGAGCAGAGCAGGUGUUGGCAUUACACCCUGUGCAUGUGUCCCGUUAGAGACUGAGACCCAGGAGGACACAUCACCCAGCUAGAAAUGCUGGGCAGUCCAGCCAUAGGUGGGCCCGACACUCCGUGUCCUCACUGCAGAGCCGCUGUCCAGGGGCGAGAGCGGUCACUCUGUGUUUUAGGCACC